GGCGGGAGCGGGAGCGGGAGCGUCCCGCGACAGCCCCCGCCGGGGGGAGAUCCCGUAGCCGAGGUGAAAGUCCGCCGCCGCCGCGCCGCAGCCCCGCUGGAGAAGCGGGGUGCGUCCGGCUGCGCACUGUGCCAGGAGCCGGAGCGCCCGCAGCGCGCGGGCACCUGCAAACGCCUGGGGAAACACGGAUCUGCGGAAAACUGGCUUGUGGUUGUUUUUAUUUUUUAAACGGCAAUUUUUUAAAACCCAACCUCAGACAGACUGGCCUUAAAUGCGCUGCAAAAAAGUACCAGCUGUUGGCAGUGGGGCGCUGUGCUGACCCCGAGCAGCACGGGCCAGGGGGCUGUUUCCGAGCCCCCUCCAGGCUCGGCCGUGCUCGUAAGGAAGCAGCGAUCCGCUGCGGCACGGCCUGGCGGCGCCGGGGGGGUGAAGCGGCAAGGCUGGGAAAGCCACGACCCUGCAAAAUUUCCUGCACCUGGAUGCGUCCCCAUUGCCAGCCCUGCUCCGGCUCUCGGUGCCUUUGCCUGGGACCCUCCCUCGAGCAAUAACCUCGCUGCCGCCGCGGAUGUUUUCGCUACCUUCCUUUCCUCAUUCUUUCCAUGCGGAUGAUGCUAGGUCGAUGACAGUUAUUUUGCAAGACUCUCACGCCCGUUCGCACCUUUGGCCUCGUGUCUCUGUGCCGCUGCGGCUCUUACCGUAAGGAAGCAGGAGGAGCCGCCUGUCCCGAUGCCCUCCAGUGCUCCGCACGGCCGCCUGGCUGGGCAUCAAUGUCUUCCUCUUCACGUACUACUUUCUGUUCUUCGACCGCGACGGGCGGUACUUCUACACCAGGGAGAUCCUCGGGUCGGCCUUGGCGUGGGCCCGGGCAUCGGCCAAGUGCCUGAACUUCAACAGCAUGCUGAUCCUGCUGCCCGUCUGCCGCAACCUGCUCUCCUUCCUGCGGGGGACCUGCUCCUGCUGCAGGCGCACGCUGAGGAAGCAGCUCGACCACAACCUGGCCUUCCACAAGCUGGUGGCCUACGCGCUGGCCCUGUUCACAGCCGUGCACACCAUCGCCCACCUCUUCAACCUGGAGCGCUACAACCGCAGCCAGCAGGCCACCGACGGCAGCCUCGCCGCCGCCGUCUCCAAGCUGCACCUGCGGGGCACCAAGUGGCUGAACCCCAUCCACUCCAACCAGACGACCCCCGAGUACGUGGCCUUCACCACCAUCCCGGGGCUGACGGGGAUCAUCAUCACGCUGGCGCUCAUCCUCAUGGUCACGUCCUCCACCGAGUUCAUCCGCAGGAGCUACUUCGAGGUCUUCUGGUACACGCACCACCUCUUCAUCAUCUACUUCGCCGGGCUCGUCAUCCACGGCAUCGCCGGCCUGGUGCGCGGGCAGACGGAGGAGAGCAUGGAGGAGGCGCCCCCCCAGCACUGCGCCCAGUACCUCACGGACGAGGACUGCGGGCACCACUGCUGCAAAGAGCCCGAGUUCGGGAGCAUUCCCGCGGAGUCCUGGAAGUGGGUUCUGGCCCCGGUUCUCCUCUACAUCUUUGAGAGGAUCCUUCGGAUCUGGCGUGCACGGCAGAAGGUGGUUGUUACCAAGGUGGUCAUGCACCCCUCCAGAGUGCUGGAGCUGCAGAUGCAGAAGAAGGGCUUCCACAUGGAGGUGGGGCAGUACAUUUUUGUCAACUGCCCCACUGUCUCUCUCCUGGAGUGGCACCCCUUCACCCUCACCUCAGCACCUGAAGAGGACUUCUUCUCCAUCCACAUCCGGGUGGCCGGGGACUGGACAGAGAGUGUCAUUGACACCUUCCAGCAGCAGAAGCCAGAGAUGCCCCGGAUCGAGGUGGACGGCCCUUUUGGCACUGCCAGCGAAGACGUGUUCCAGUAUGAGGUGGCCAUGCUGGUGGGAGCAGGCAUCGGGGUCACCCCCUUUGCCUCCAUCCUGAAGUCCAUCUGGUACAAGUUCCAGCAGGCUGACCAGGCCCUCAAGACCAAGAAGAUCUACUUCUACUGGCUCUGCCGGGACACGGGGGCCUUUGCUUGGUUCAACGACCUGCUUGCCUCGCUGGAACAGAAGAUGGCCGAGUCUGGCAAGGCAGACUUUCUCACCUACAGGCUCUUCCUCACCGGCUGGGACACCAGCAUUGCCAACAACGCAGCGCUCAACUUUGACACCGCUACAGACGCAGUGACUGGCCUGAGGCACAAAACCAUCUUUGGGCGGCCCAUGUGGAACACCGAGUUUGCAGCCGUGGCCAGUGCCCACCCCAGGUCGGUGGUUGGUGUGUUCUUGUGUGGGCCAGAGGCCUUAGCAAAGAGCUUGCAGAAGUCUUGCCACCAGCACUCCAGCCUGGACCCCAGGAAGGUCCAGUUCUACUUCAACAAGGAAAAUUUCUAAGGAGGAUCCAUCCUGUGACCAUGGCUUGCGGAGGACAACCAGCUGGUCUUUGCAUGCCCUUUCAGACUGAGUCAGGCUGGCCAGGGCUAAGCACAUCAGCUGUAGAGCACUUGCAUCAAACCCAGGCAAGACACAGCAAGACAUUCCUUCUCCAUGAGAAACCCUAGGCUCAAAGACUGUUGCCUUCUUGACUCAGUCUACAAAGAGACCUUGUGAGAGGAAGUGGCCCAGAGCUCAGCACAGUCCUCCAUGAAGAGAACCAGAGCAAGCAUCAUGAUGCUGUGUUAUUGUGGUAAUACCAAGGCUUGGAGCAGCUGUAACCAGCUGGAGCACCCAGCAGGCUGGGCAGAACUGCAGGACAGCGGGAUGGAACGGGAGCUGGACCUGCUGAGCAGUCACCGGGGAUCAAACAUGCUGCUCUUUGUGUUUAAAGUUCUUUGCAUAAGAGGUUAAAUUAAACUUUCUGCCCUCUGCAAUAAAAGCUGAAGGUGGUGA